AUGGCGACAGCCGAGUCAAAACUCCUUGACGAAAUGGAUGAGAAUAUUCUGAUCUGUGCGAUAUGCUCAGAGCGAUACAGAGAUGCAAGAAUUCUACCUUGUUUACAUAGCUACUGUGAACAGUGUAUCGGUACGUUAGUCGAGAAAGCUGGUGGAAAGACUGUACUAUGUCCCGUAUGUAGAAGAAGUCAUGACCUACCAGAAGGACUGGCAAGUAUUUCCAAGAAUUUCUUUCUCAGUGAACUCGCUGGAUUGAUUGAGAAGAAGCGAGACGGCAAACUAGCAGAAGGCGACAAAUGCGGUAGUUGCAAACAAGGAAUAUCACAAACUAGAUGUUUGGAUUGUGCAGUUGGACUUUGUGACAACUGCACACAGGGGCAUAAAGAGAUCCAAUGUUUAAAGACCCAUCGUCUGAUGUCGCUUGAAACAUACAACAAUACACGCUCUACCGAUCCAGCUAAAGUACAGCCUCCAGUUUAUUGUAGCAGUCACCAUGACAACCAGGUAAAAUUUUACUGUGAUACAUGCAAUAUCCCAAUAUGUUUGGAAUGUAUUGCUCUGGAUCAUAAACUGACUGAGCAUAACCACCGAUACCUUAAUGAUGCGGCAUCGGAAUAUAAAGGGUACAUCAUGGAGAUGUUAGACAAACUGCAAGAGAAGGAACUACAAGCAGGGGCCAGUAAACAGGAAGUGAAAACUACAUCAGAAGCUCUGGAGAACCAAUUUCAAGAAGAAGAGAAGAAACUGAAUGAACACAUAGAAAAGACAAUCGUAGAAAUCACAGCCAAGAUCCGUGAAAAUGGGAGUAAACUGAUGGCGGAGAUGAAGUGUGAAUAUGAAUCCCGGAAACAAAACUUGCAAGCACAAAUUAAGGAACUCGAAAUUGCAGAGAAUGACAUGAAACAUGUACGUGACUUUGGGAGGAAUAUAAUGCAUUAUGGGAAUGCUGCACAGAUGAUGUCAGCAAAGAAGGGAAUGAUGUCACAGAUACAAAUGCUAAUACAAGUGAAGACCCAACAGCAACCAAUCACAGACGACUACAUUGAAUUCCAGAGAUCCGAUUUCCACGAAACCAAAAACCUUGGAGUUAUACUUUAUCACAGGUAUAACUUUCAGCUCAGAGAUGUCCCAAAGUAUGGAAGAAUUGGUGAAGAAUUAUCAGCUUCUUUGACAAAAAGUGAUGACUGUUCAAGACCACUAGCUAUAAAUGAAAUUAGAGCCAAGCUGAGGGCAUCUGAGGAAAACGUAUCGGUUUUAGAAAACCUUGACGAGACACUAUCUCUGAAAUAUCAGGGUAAAGUAGAAGGAAAGCAUGAAUUAUCCGUUUUAGCUCUUAACAAACAUGUUGAGGGGUCACCAACUGUAAUUACCAUAAUUCCAAAUAAGGGAUUGUUAUGUAAAUAUGGUAUAAAAGGUUCAGGUGUGGGUCAGUUCAGAAAUAUCCAGGGAGUUAGGGUAUUUGGGAAUGGGGUGACUGCUGUAUGUGAUAAAGGCAAUAAGCGAGUUCAGUUGUUUUCCUUAUAUGGGAUACAUCAACGUGUUAUUCAGUUCACAACGUUUACAUCAGGGUUUGACCCACGCCAUGUAGCAGUAUCAAAGGAAGGUUAUUACUUCAUAACAGAUAAUAGAAACAAACAGGUUGUUGUAUGUGAUGAGAACAGCAAGAUAAUUAGAUGUUUUGGGAAUCAGGAAUUGGGAUGCCCUGACGGAAUUGCUAUCAGCCCUACAAAUGGUAGAGUGUAUGUUUGUGAUAACAGUUCGCACUGUAUCAGAAUUUAUACACAAGAUGGAGACUAUGUCAAGUCAUUUGGUUCUUUUGGUAAUGGGCAAUGUGAGUUUAGCAACCCAUAUGGAAUGACCAUUAAUAACAAGGGCAAUGUCAUUGUGGCUGAAUACAACCAUCGCAUCCAGGUGUGUGAUUCAGAUGGUGUGUUCUUAUUCAGUUUUGGCAGUCAGGGUAAUGGUAAUAACCAAUUCAAUUGUCCAUACGAUGUUGCUUGUGAUAAUGAUGGUAAUAUGUAUGUUUGUGAUUGCUUUAAUCACAGAGUUAUGAAAUAUGAUUCACACGGUGUAUUUCUAUCUCGUAUUGAUAGUGACCAAGAUGGAUUGAAUAAUCUUACAGGCGUCUGUGUCACUGAUGAUAAGCCAUUUGGUAAGGUUGUGGUCGCAGACCACGGAAAUAACUGUAUUAAGGUUUUCGCACAAUAA